GGCCCGAGGGGGGCCAUGGGGCAGGUCCUGCCGGUCUUCGCCCACUGCAAAGAAGCUCCUUCUACAGCCUCCUCUACCCCUGAUUCCACAGAAGGAGGGAACGACGACUCAGAUUUUCGGGAGCUGCACACAGCCCGGGAAUUCUCAGAGGACGACGAGGAGACCACGUCGCAGGACUGGGGCACCCCCCGGGAGCUGACCUUCUCCUACAUCGCCUUCGAUGGUGUAGUGGGCUCCGGGGGGCGCAGGGAUUCAGCUGCCCGCCGCCCCCGGCCCCAAGGCCGCUCAGUCUCGGAACCACGAGACCAACCCCCUCAGCCCGGCCUGGGCGACAGCUUGGAGAGCAUCCCCAGCCUGAGCCAAUCCCCAGAGCCGGGACGCCGCAGUGACCCUGACACUGCCCCUCAGGCUGAGCGGCCCCUCGAGGACCUGAGGCUCCGGCUGGACCAGCUGGGCUGGGCGGCCCGGGGAGCGGGAUCCGGAGAGGAUUCCGCCACCAGCAGUUCCACCCCUCUGGAAGACGAGGAGCCCGACGCAUCAGAGGCAGGAGAGGCUGGGGAAGAAUUGGACCUACAACUUCGACUUGCUCAGUCCUCGCCACCCAAGGUCUUGACUCCCCAGCCCAGCCCGGGCUCUGGAACCUCCCAGGCCAGUACCCCGUCCCCAGCCCGAUACCAAGAUUCGAACUCUGGGCGUGAUCAGCCCAGGCUCGACGAGGAAGAAGAACCCUGGGGGCUGCUGGAGCGGGUGCCAAUCACGGGACAGUGCCUCGAUAGCACGGACCAAUCAGAACUUACAUUGGAGCCACACCUUUUAGGAAUGAGUUGGCUAUAGACAUCAGUGCUUUUGGCUGUUUACAAGAGAGUUCCAAUUUUGGAAUUGUCCCCACCUCUAUGGACAGCCAUUGGCUGGGUACAAAGGGGCCCGCCCCCGUACUCUCUUCUCCGGGUUCUACUGAAGUGGACAAAAUCCCCUAGAAGCAGCGGUGUCCUCAGCCUCUCACUUGGAGCCAAGAUGGGGAGUAAAGUGGCGGACCUGCUGUACUGGAAGGACACAAGGACAUCAGGAGUGGUCUUCACAGGCCUCAUGGUCUCCCUCCUCUGCCUCCUGCACUUUAGCAUCGUGUCUGUGGCCGCCCAUGUGGCACUGUUGCUGCUCUGUGGCACCAUCUCUCUCAGGGUUUACCGCAAAGUGCUGCAGGCCGUGCACCGGGGGGAUGGAGCCAACCCCUUCCAGGCCUACCUGGAUGUGGACCUGACCCUGACUCGCGAGCAGACAGAACGUUUGUCCCAGCAGAUUGCCUCCUAUGUGAUCUCUACGGCCACCCAGCUGCGGCAUUUCUUCCUGGUAGAAGACCUCGUGGAUUCCCUCAAGCUGGCCCUCCUGUUCUACAUCUUGACCUUCGUGGGUGCAAUCUUCAAUGGUUUGACUCUUCUCAUUCUGGGAGUGAUCAGUUUAUUCACUGUCCCCCUGCUGUAUCGGCAGCACCAGGCCCAGAUCGACCAGUAUGUGGGGUUGGUGAACAGUCAACUGAGCCACAUCAAAGCUAAGAUCCGAGCUAAGAUCCCAGGGACAGGAGCCCUUGCCUCCGCAGCAGCUGCAGUGUCUGGAUCUAAAGCCAAAGCCGAAUGAGAGGGGUGUCUCUGCCUGCGGAACGCCUGCCCCCACCCCUUGCAGCCCUCUGGCCCUUCUCCCAUCUCCCAUCUCUCCCCAUCCUCUCCCCGCCUCAGCCCGUCAUUCCCCGGUGGGUGUCAGGAUCGCUCAUACCAGGGAAUCUGCGCCAAUUGCCUGAGCGGACAGGACUACAUUUCCCAAGAGGCACUGCUCUAGGAGUCCCGGAAAGGCGAGGCACCUUGGCCGCAGGGCCUUCUAGGACUUGUAGUUGAUUAGGCAGGGCACCGCCCUGCACUUCCGUGACCCCGCCGCUGGAGGCGCCGUGAGCGGGUGGUGUCUCCUGGACGCCACUAGCCCCAACGCCUGGGCUUUGCAUGGGGCCCAGGGGAGGCCUGAGCUUGGAUUUACACUGUAAUAAAGACUCUUGUGGAAAA